UUAUAAAUAUCUUUCAAAUGAAUCUCCAGAUUUCAUUCUCCUCAUUCCUUCCUUGUUCUUUCCCUUCACCAAAAUAUUCUGCCUCUCUCAAUCCAGAGUUCAAAAACGUAAUUUCAGGAUUAGGUUUUAUGAAGAUGGGGUUACUUCAGUUUGCUUAAUCUGCCCUUCUCAUCAUUUUCCCCAUUAUUGAUGAAUUUGAUUAUCUUGGAGAUGAAGAAUGUCAUUUAUUUGUGGGGUAGUUUGGAGAACUUCACUUGUCCUCAUCUAUCAUCCAAUCCAUUGCUGGAUUGCCAAAAUAGGCUUGUGCUGUUGGAUUUCCUGAACUUCUUUGAGAAAUUACUUGAGGUUGUUUUUUAGUAUGGGGUUUGUCCUAUUUGUUAGGUUAGAUUGAGGUUUACAUGAAGGUUUACUGUAAUUUCAGGUGUUAGCUGAUCUAUUUUUUUGAAGGCAGGAACAAAAAUCUCGUUGCGAUGGAUGGGUUACCAGAACAGUUACUGUGGGAGAUCUUAGGCAGGAUAAACAAAACCGUAGACAGAAAUUCUGCAUCUUUAGCAUGUAAACGCUUCCACAAAGUGGAUAAUGAGCAGAGGCGAUCUCUUAGGGUUGGUUGUGGAUUAAACCCUGCCAAUGAGGCUUUGACAUCCCUCUGCAAUAGGUUUCCCAACUUGGUGAAAGUAGAAAUUACUUACUCCGGAUGGAUGUCCAAAUCAGGAAAGCAGUUGGACGACCAAGGGCUUCUUAUUCUUUCUGUUCUCUGCCCUUCUUUGACAGAUGUUACCUUAAGCUACUGCACUUUCAUUACUGAUGUGGGUCUUAGUCACUUGGCAUCGUGCUCCAAGCUUUCAGCACUAAAGUUGAAUUUCACCCCGAGAAUCACUGGCUGUGGCAUAUUAUCUCUUGUUGUUGGGUGCAAAAAGCUUACUGUUCUCCACCUGAUCCGAUGCUUAAAUGUGAGCAGUGUUGAGUGGCUAGAAUAUCUUGGCAAGCUUGAAACACUUGAAGAUCUCUCCAUUAAAAAUUGUAGGGCAAUUGGGGAAGGUGAUUUGAUUAAGCUAGGACCCACGUGGCGGAAGAUAAAGAGAUUGCAAUUUGAGGUGGACGUUAAUUAUAGAUAUAUGAAGGUUUAUGAUCGGCUAGCUGUGGAUCGAUGGCAAAAGCAGUUGGUCCCGUGUGAAAAUAUGCUGGAGCUUAGCUUGGUGAAUUGCAUCAUCAGCCCUGGAAGAGGGCUUGCUUGUCUGUUGGAAAAGUGCAAGAAUUUGGAGAAGAUUCGCUUAGACAUGUGUGUUGGAGUAAGGGACUGUGACAUUGUAGGAUUAGCCCAAAAAUCAAGUAAUCUUCGAUCCAUUUCCCUCCGAGGCCCAUCUGAUUUCUCACUCCCUCUUUUGCUGAGUAACCCAUUGAGGUUAACAGAUGAGAGUUUAAAGGCUUUGGCUCAAAACUGUUCAAUGCUUGAAUCAAUUAGAAUAUCUUUCACUGAUGGAGAGUUCCCUUCAUUUUCCUCCUUUACUUUAAAUGGAAUCCUUACUGUGAUCCAAAUGUGCCCGAUUCGAAAACUCUCUCUGGACCAUGUCUAUUCCUUCAACGAUGUUGGAAUGGAAGCACUUUGUUCAGCCCCAUAUCUAGAAACCCUAGAGCUGGUGAGAUGCCAAGAGAUCACUGAUGAAGGGCUGCAGCUUGUGGCCCAGUUUCCUCACUUGUGUGUGCUACGGCUCAGCAAGUGUCUGGGAGUAACCGAUGAUGGGUUCAAGCCUCUUGUUGGGUCAUACAAGUUGGAAUUGUUGAGUGUGGAAAAUUGCCCCCAGAUUUCUGAAAGAGGUGUUCAAGGUGCUGCAAGAUCGGUAUCCUUUAAGCAAGACUUGUCAUGGAUCUACUGAACAAUCCUGAAAUAGGCCUCUUCUGUUUGUAGGCUUUGGUGUAUUGUCCGCAUGAAUGCCUCAUUGUGAGUCUCCAGAAGACCUUCUCCUUGCAUUUGUUGCCUUGUCUAUAUUAUUACCUUCCAAUAGCUGAGAAGUAUUUCAUUCUGAUUGUAAUCCAUUGUAUUAUGUGGAACUUAAGAUGUAUAAUUUGUUGAAAUAAACGUUGCUACAGAUUCAUGAUC